AGCUCCUCGAACUCCGGACACAAUUAUUCCAGAAACCAUGAUGCAAAUGUCCCUGUGGCUUCUUGUUUUCCGCAUCGCGCAUGUGUUUAUUGAAGCGCCGGAGUGGCGCAACCUUAUCACGACUUCGUCAUCGUCGAAGUUCGAAAUUGACGGCCGCUCGUGUUCGUCGCAUCAUAUCGAGGUCAAGCAGUCGACGAGCGUGCGUCGCAUUGAUAGCAACCCUCCAACGAUCGGUAACCGUUCACACAGUUGUAUCCUCAUCUUUGCAUUCACGAUGCAAACCGGCACGAAUCCUACGUUAGACAAAGUCAAUGAGCGGUUCCUGAUACUCUGCGUGAUCGGCCUGGCAUUGUCGGUCUACGCCUACAUUGUGGAGUCCAACAAGGAACUAGACGCGUCCUACGCUGCGUUAUGCGACAUCUCCGAGACUAUCAGUUGCAGUGCCGUGUUAAAUUCAGAAUAUAGCAAAGGAUUCGGAAUCACUUCAAAGAGUUGUAUACUUCGUUUGUGUGAGGUCCCAAAUUGCGUGUUCGGCAUAAUAUUCUUCACCGCGAUGUCAAUUAUGUCUUUAAAGAACAGCUACGCCUUUUCCGUCGCUAUUCUUGCUCUUGGAACAGCUUCUGUUCUUACUUCGGUGUAUCUGGCUUUUAUAUUGUAUAAAUUAAAAACGAUUUGCCUAGUGUGCGUAAGUACGUACGUCGUAUCUGCGUUGCUGAUGCAUUACGCCCUGAAGAAGUUCCGAUUGGUAUCCACCGGCAUCGCGCACCAACAAAAAACGAAAUAAACUCGGAAGAUGCGACCGAUCGAAAUAAAUUUGUUAUGAUUUCUUUUUACUGUUUUAUACCUUUACUCGCGACAAAUUUGCAUACUCUCUUGUUAUUAAAUGUAUAUGAAUAAUAAAUAAAUAUACUUGUAAAAAGUGGUGUCAAAAGUUUCGAAA